CAUCGACGGACGCGGACGGCCGUCAACUUCUCACCGGGGUACGGCACCACCAGGCGCAUUUGUCACCACAAAAAAAACCUAAUUCGUGGACAUUUGUGUUUUUAAUCUAUGGAGCUCUAUGUAAGAGUACGUGGGCCGUUUUAGCCGAGGUGCCGUUGUAGAUACAGCAGUUUGUGUGGGUUGCCGUAGGCUCCGAUGUGUUGAAAGUGUCUGCAUAGAUUCAACUAGACCUGCGUUACUGCCACAGCGAGUCCGUGGAGGUACCUCAUCCGCCUUUCUGCAUCUCAGACCGGGGAGGAAAACGCUGAAAGGUAAACGAGCAGUUGACCUAACAAGCUUUGUGGAGGAUACUGGGAGGAACCAAUUUUUAAAAUGCCUGUGGCAACAUCCAGCUCUGACUCUGCCAUGCAUCAGGCCUUGGACACACUGAGUGACAGCACGAGCUCCACAACUGCCAACGACCUGGAUCUCAUCUUCCUCAAAGGCAUAAUGGAGAGUCCAGUGGCCCAUGAGCGGUUCGAGGAGCCCAAACUGGAGGCGGUGAGGGAGAACAACAUGGAGCUGGUCCAGGACAUCCUCAAGGAGCUCAGUCCUCUCACAAACAGGAGUCAGGCAGCUGAUGAGCUGGUCCGCAUCCUGAAAGAGCCCCAUUUCCAGUCUCUCCUGGAAACCCACGAUUCUGUGGCAUCGAAAAACUAUGAGACCCCUCCCCCCAGCCCCUGUUCCUUCAUGGACGCGGCCCUGAACAACCAGCCUGUGCCCCCAGAUGCAGUCAGAAUGGUUGGCAUCCGCAAGGUGUCUGGCGAACACCUUGGAGUGACAUUUCGAGUCGAGAGCGGUGAGCUGGUAAUCGCCAGGAUCCUCCACGGGGGCAUGAUUGACCAACAAGGUCUGCUCCACGUGGGUGACAUAAUCAAGGAGGUGAAUGGCAAGGAGGUUGGCAACGACCCCAAGGUGCUGCAGGAGAUGCUGAAGGAGGCCAGUGGCAGUGUGGUGCUGAAAAUCCUGCCCAGCUACCAGGAGCCUCACACACCGAGACAGGCUUUUGUCAAGUGCCACUUCGACUACGACCCAUCCCAUGAUAACUUGAUUCCCUGUAAGGAGGCAGGACUCAGCUUCAAUAGUGGAGACAUACUGCAAAUCUUUAACCAGGAGGACCUCAACUGGUGGCAGGCCUGUCACAUAGAAGGAGGCAGUGCAGGUCUAAUUCCAAGCCAGCUCCUUGAGGAAAAGAGGAAAGCGUUUGUGAAGAGAGAUCUGGAGCUCGCUACCACAGGUCCUCUGUGUGCAGGGAUGGGGGGUAAGAAGAAAAAAAAGAUGAUGUAUUUGACCACCAAGAAUGCAGAAUUCGAUCGUCACGAGUUGCGAAUCUACGAGGAGGUCGCUAAAGUCCCACCCUUCAGACGAAAGGCUCUGGUUCUGAUUGGUGCACAGGGAGUUGGACGCCGCAGUUUAAAGAACAAGCUGUUGGUGUCAGAUCCCCAGCGAUAUGGCACCACCAUCCCCUUCACCUCCAGAAAACCAAAGGUGGAUGAGAGGGAUGGACAGAUGUACUCGUUCAUGACACGCAGUGGAAUGGAGUGUGACAUCAAAAAUGGACGCUUUUUGGAGCAUGGCGAGUAUGAUGGAAACCUGUACGGCACUAAAAUCAACUCCAUACAUGAGGUGAUGGAAACGGGAAAGAUCUGCAUCCUGGACGUAAACCCACAGGCUCUCAAAGUGCUGCGAACGUCAGAGUUCCUGCCAUAUGUUGUGUUCAUUGAAGCCCCAGACUUUGAAGUCCUCAAAGCUAUGAAUAGGUCAGCAAUCGAGUCAGGAGUGGUCACAAAACAGAUGACGGACUCUGAACUUAAGAGGACAGUGGACGAGAGUGAGCGCAUUAAAAGGGCCUACGGACAUUACUUUGACCUCUGCAUCGUAAAUGACGGGCUGGAAGCGGCGUUCCGGAGUCUACGGUCAGCGCUGGAGAAACUGACCACCGAGCAGCAGUGGGUGCCCGUCAGCUGGGUCUUCUGAAAAAUCACAGAGAGGUCACCAAAAAAGGGUGCAAGGGCCACAGGGUCAAAGGUCAGAGGACAAUUUCACCUUAGUAGCUCCUACUGGGGCUGUCUUCAUGCAGGUGGAGGUCUGUAGUGAAAGGCCAAGUAUCAUGAUUCAGCACGACCAGCCUCAUGUUGAGCAUUUUUUUGUACAAAUUUAGUGUCCUUUUGUUGAUCCUAAUGUCAAGUUGUAUUUUAUUUGUCGGAAUCAGAAUAAUUCUACUGAUAUUCGUCAUGAAGGAUUUAGAGUUGGUAAUGAGGUUUAGUGCAAUAGUGUGAGUGAUAAGAGUGUGUAUGUCAUAAAUGUGGAAAUAGAAUUAGAGUAGAGUGUAUUUUUGAAGAUAUCAGUGGUCUGUUGAAGGAUAUCAAACUUCUUAGCCUUUCCAAAUCCAAAAAAAUAUUUAUUUAGUGUAAUGUUUACAGUCGGAUUGGUAGGACAGACCGGUUAGGGUAAGAUGCCAAAUGUCAUAUUUGUAUCGCAUUCUUUAUAUUUUACCAUUCGAUCAUACAGUAUGAUUGUAUCUGUUUCGGAAAUGUGCUUUAUCUUUUUUCCAUAUGUCACCUCUGAUUUGACCAAUGAACAGCAAUAGAUCAUUUAAAAAAAAAAAAAAGAAGUACAUGCAAUACAUCUGGUCACACACUGAUAUAUACAGUGGAUAAAAAAACAGAACAGUGGAAAAGUUUGUGGAGACAUGUUGGAGUACUCUUGCAGAUUUUUUCUUUAAUAACGUUGAUGCAUUCUGCAUUUUCUGUACCGUGCUGAUACUGAUAUUUGGUUUGAUUCUGUUUGAGUUGUAUUUGUAGCAGAAAACACCGAAACCAUAUAUAAAAA